AUGGUGGCAUUUGAAGGAAACAGAUGCCUUCUUUCAAAAGAGGCCGUGUGGGAUCAUAAUUCAUGGGACAAUGUUCCAUGGUGCCCGGAACAGCUCCAGCAAGCAAAGAACAUUGUUGCCGCUCACAAAGCCAACGGGGAUUCUGCUAACUGCGACCCCUGGCUAUCUUCCAAAUGGGACAAGUUUUAUACCAACAAUUCACGAAACUUUUUCAAAGAUCGAAACUGGUAUGAACAUGAGCUUUCUUCACUGUUUCAAUCGCCGGGAUCAGAGCCUUACCAUAUUCUUGAAAUUGGCUGCGGUAGCGGAAGCUCGAUCUUUCCCCUUUUAUCGGGAACAUGUAACUCUGUAUUUAUCGAUGCGUGUGAUUUUUCGCCCGUUGCUGUUGGUCUUGUACAGUCCGACGAGCGGUUUGAUCCCAAAAGGUGCAAUGUGUUUUGCCAUGACAUCUCUGAUGCGUGUACGCCGCUCCCGAUACAAAACGAGUCUGUCGAUCUGGUCCUUAUGGUGUUUGUGCUUUCUGCAAUCCCAAGGAAACUCAUGGAGGUUGCCAUAGAAAAGGCGUUGAAGGUAACUACUAGGGGCCAUGUUUUACCGGUAGACCUUGAAGCCUGGUGGUCGAAUUUUCGUCAGGGAUUAUGGACUAUACGAUUUGGCGCAGCUGCGGAUGCCAUCGGGAAAUUGGAUUCAGGGACAUCAAUACAAACGAGGAGACAAUACUCUUACGUACUUUUUUACCACAGAUKAAUUGUCCGAUUUGGUUCUGAAAAAUCCCAACUACCCCAUGCAAAUCCAGGAGGUCAAGGAGGACAGGCGUCUAUUGGUGAACAGAAAGCGUCAGCUGCAAAUGUAUAG